AUGUCCUCGCGUGCGGAGAAUUAUCCGCCGCCAAAUUACAAGGUGCCGUCGUUCCCUAGCAUCAAUUGGCAGCUUCGGGACUUUACCGAUGACCACCGCUGGAGUCUCUUCUACAUCCGCGACAUUUGGCGCUUUACCGUGAUAUGGACCUUCAUCAUAUACGCUGCCGUGCACAUGGGAGCCGCCGCCAUCACCAUCGCGAUGCACACUAAUAAACGAGGAUCACUGACGUACCUCUGGGCGGUACCUUUGCUGUACGCUGUUGUAGCGGGCGUGCAGGCGCUAUUCGCUGGGAGCGUCGUAGGUCUCAUCCUUGGAGCGGUCUACAACGCGGGAUACUUUUCCAUGUCAACAUGGGUUCCCCUUCUUUGGGGUGUCAUCAACGUCCUCGUCCUCAUUAUCUCGUCCUUCUCCAUCCAAGGUGGCCUCUAA